UUAGAGAAAGAGAGAGUGAGAGAGAGAGAACCUCUCUCACAUUACGACUGCAAACCAGUAGUGAACAGCUAAAUUGGGAGAGAGAGAGAGCGAGAGAGUCAGAGAGAGAGAAAGAGAGCGCGCGCCCCUCGUGAUCCCAUAAACAAUAUUUCUCCUCUCCAUCCUUUCUUCACGCCCCGAUUUCCCGCGCAUCGAUAAUUCUCGAUCUCCUCCCGCCGAUAGGUGGCGGGAGCAUCAACUACACCACCUCGCGAACAACAGCGAAAAAACACUAGACCAUCUUCAACUCGCCGGUGCUGCCACCCUACAACGAUGAACGCGUCGUCGUCGUCGCCGACGUUCGACGACGUCGACAUCGAAGACUACAACAAGGCGGUGAUUUCCAUCUCCGUCGUUGAGCCUCUCGUCUGCGUUCUGGGGAUGUUCGGAAACGCCCUCGGCCUCCUAGCGCUCUCCAGCCGACAACUGAAGGGCCCCUCGUAUGUGUUCCUGCGUAGUUUAAUGGUGGUGGACUUUACCGUGCUGCUGAUCAUUCUAGUUACAGACACGAUGUGGCAUCUUCAGCUACCGACGUACGCCUACUCGUUCUUCUACGCACACGUCGAGCAGCCGGCCUUCAAUGCCUUCAUGUCGACAAGUAACUAUCUUACAGUGGCGUUGAGCAUCGAGAGGUUCAUGGCUGUGUGUCGGCCCGUGAGAUACUCGGCUGCUAAGCAGGCCGUGUUUCAGGCGAAGAUUUUCAUCGUCGUCGUGUUCGCCAUCUCGGCGCUCGUGUCGGCGCCGUACGGCCUCGAGUACGUUGUCGUCGUCGUCGGAGCGGGAAACGACACGAACGCCACCGCCGACGUCAGGUACGAUCUUCGCGCCAACGAGUUGCUGCGGUCGGGAGCGUACGCCACCUGGUGGACGGCGUACGUAUGGCUUCAGUCGGCUCUCUCCCGCAUCGUUCCUUUCUUCCUUCUCCUCGGUCUCAACGGGAGCACGUUCUACGCGUUCCACAAGAAGAUGCGCUGGCGCGACGCCUGGAACCGACAAACCGAGAUGACCAGCUCCGACAAGAAACGCAUGAAGGUCACCGACACGAAGAAUCGCCGCCUCAUGGGCCUUCUCGUCUGCACCGUCGCCGUCUUCUUCGUCUGCAUGACUCCGGCGCUCGUCAUGAUGUUCAUCACCAAGGAGACGAAUCGAUGGCUGCUGACGAUCAAGUUAACGAACCUGUUGGAGGUGAUCAGCUUCGCGGCGAACUUCUACGUCUACUGCCUGGCGUCGCGUUUCUUCCGCGACAGCCUCGUCGCCGCCUUUCUCUGCCGCAAGGAGGCGACCACCGCCAGCGCGUACACGGCGGCGGCGCCUAGCGGCACGCAGAACAUUCAGCUGCUCGAGACGAAGCAGACGGUGAAUAAUGCGUCGACGUGCCAGACGAACGGCCAGUGA